AUGGACUCUGGGAGAUUGUCGGCCCUACGGCGCGUCCUGUGCGACUCGAGGCCAUGGCAAAAAAGAGGCUUGCUGUUGACGCCUCGAUCUGGAUCUACCAGUUCCUCAAGGCUGUGAGAGAUGUGCAAGGCAAUCAACUGGUCAACUCCCAUAUAGUUGGGUUUUUCCGCCGAAUAUGCAAGCUUCUCUACUUUGGAAUCAGGCCUGUGUUUGUAUUUGAUGGCGGGGCGCCGCUUUUGAAGAAACAAACCAUCAGCAAGAGACGAGAGAAAAGGGAAGGCAGCAAAGAAACCGCAGAGCAGGUUGCGCGCAGACUGCUGGCAAAACAGCUUCAGAAUCGGGCCGAGGGGAACCCUGAUGCGUCCAAACAGCCAAAAUCCAAGGCCAAGACCAAAGAAGUGCCCAUUGACCAACGACAGUUUACUCAGUUUUACGAAGACAAUAAUUAUUUUGACACCAGGGACAAAAAGCAGGAACAGGAACUUGAGAAACGGACGCCCAAGAAAGAGAAUGAAAACCGCAUAUUCCGCAGGCAAGACGAGUACGAUCUCCCGCACAUUGAGAGCUUUAAGGUAGACAAGAAUGACCAGCGGGUGAUCACAGAUUAUGAAUACGACCGACUUACUUCUGAUCUACAAGACGAGCUUGGAGGCAUUGAUCUCGACACGAUCGACCCAAAAUCCGAGGAGUUUGCCCGUCUUCCGCUUUCUACUCAGUAUAUAGUCCUUUCCCAUUUGCGACUGCGUUCGCGUUUGAGAAUGGGCUACACAAAGCAGCAACUAGAGACCCUAUUCCCGAACAGCAUGGAUUUUUCUAAAUUUCAAAUUCAGAUGGUUCAGAAGCGCAACUUUCUCACUCAAAAACUGAUGAAUGUGGCCGGAAUGGAUGAGAAGGAGGCCAAGUCGCGGCGUAUUGCUAGCGAUCGAGAUCGUAUUUACGAGCUUCAGAGGAACGAAAACGGGUAUACUUUGUCGAUCAAAGAUGAUGGCCAUAGUGCAGAGAAGCCCAUUGAUCUAAACAGUGAUGAGGAGCGGGACGAAGAUGAAGAUGACGAAGAGUGGGAAGAUGUUAUAGAGCCUGUCAAGAUGCCCUCCCCGAUGGGGACUGCUGCAUCUGAGCCGAUGUUUGUUGGCGAAGUUGAGAGCUCAGAAAAUAGCGAGGACACUACUAUGGCCAUGAUCCAAUCGCUGUACGAAUACGCGAAUAACAACAAGAAGAACUUGCAAAAGGCUGCGGAAAUGAGCGAGGAGGAGCAAUUGCGACAGGCUGUUGAACGAUCAAAACAGGAUUACUAUAAUAUGAUGGAACAGGAGCAGCAAAAUGACGCGCCUUUUGAUUAUGGGGCUCCACCACCGCUAAUAUUGACCAAGGAAUCGCUCGGGUCGAAUAUAGAUAAGGUCACUGAGUCAAAACCUGUGUCUGUGCCUAAGUUUGAUUUCAGAAGCAGUAUACUCACUGCUAGCAAAACGGAAGAGCCCAAGAGCGUACAGCCACAGCCACAGCCAAAGCCAAAGAAUGAUAAAAAAAAACCGGAGGAAACUCCUGUCUGGUUUCAGACUCGAGUUUCGAAGAAUGCCUAUGGUGAGACAGGAAGUCACGAAAAGACCCAGGUAGAUAAAACUGAGGACCAAAAAGCCGGACUGUUCGAUUACGCUGACCUGGAACCGUACCUGGAGGAAGAUGAAAGUGAGGAUUAUGGGGACGCUGAAGACCACGAAGCUUUUGAGUCUGAGGUCAUCGAGCUAGAUCCAGAGCCAGAGACAAAGCCAGAGAAAACAAACCCGGUCCAUGACACGCUGGAGGGGGCUACUGUAAUUGACCAACCAGGACCGAACCACUAUUCCUCAGAGGCCACUUUGACAGAAGCUACGCCUACUCUGGCAGGUCAGCAGGUCGAGAGGGAAACCAAACAUUCUGAGAAUAUACAGCAGGAAGUCUCCAAAAUGCCAGAACCUUUGGACUACGUAUUUUCGGAUGAGGAGGAGGAGGAGCUUGAGCACAACCUUGAGAAUGAAGAAGCUGCGUACGAAAAAUUUGUGGAUCAAGUCGGUACUAAAAAGCCAUCAUCGUCUUCCAGUUUCUGGUCGAUGGACGACGAAGUGCAACUUCAAGAGAGUAUGAAGAAACAAAAACGAGAUGCAGACGAGGUUACCGUUAGGAUGAUUUUAGACAUCCAAGACAUGCUCUCCCGGUUUGGUCUCCCCUACAUAACGGCACCGAUGGAGGCAGAAGCCCAAUGCGCUGAGCUUCUUCGUCUGGGAUUAGUGGACGGCAUUAUCACAGACGAUUCGGACUGUUUCCUUUUUGGUGGUGACCGAGUGUACAAAAACAUGUUCAACGAGAAGAACUUUGUUGAAUGUUACCAAAUGGAGGACCUGGAGCGCGAUCUAGGCCUGGAUAGAAGAAUGUUGAUCGACUUAGCUAUAUUAUUAGGAAGCGAUUAUACGGAAGGUAUUAAGGGUGUUGGAAAAGUUGCAGCAAUGGAGAUUCUUGCUGAGUUUGGAACACUGGAAAGUUUCAAGCAUUGGUGGCUCGACUAUCAAAACGGCAUUAUUGAUGAGUCCAAAGAAACACCGGUCAAGCGCAAGUUGCGCAAGUCGUUGAAGAAAACUGAUCUAUAUCUGACUCCCGAGUUUCCGGACAAACGUGUGAUUGAAGCAUAUCUGCAUCCAGAGGUUGACCACGACAAGUCUGAGUUCCAAUGGGGCUACCCCAACCUCGACAAGCUGCGCACUUUCCUGAUGUACAAUGUUGGAUGGGGUAAGGAGAAAGUGGACACCAUCUUGCUGCCGAUUAUCCAGAACAUGAACAAGCCGCAGACAAGUAUUGAGGAGUUUUUCCCUGUUGAGAUGAUUAGGCGCCGCCGUGAUCUGGAAAUGGGGCAGCGAUUAAAAAAUGCCACAUCGAAAUUAAGAAAUGCUGCUAAGAAUUCUGCAGAGACUGAGGAGCAGCCUUCCAAACGACGUCGGCAGCAGAAAAAACACGAUCAGGACCACAAGCUUGGCUCGUAGCCCUCUGUCACUUCUGAAUCAUUACCAUAAAGUUCCUGCCAUUUCACGAACCCUCCUCUGAGCACGUAUAUUUUGAGGUCUGGGGCAGACUCAAGGUCUGCCAGGAACCGCAUGAACUUCAUUGCAGCGGAAGGUCCACGUUGUUGCGAUAAUGCACAAUGGAAUACCACGCUGUCUGCCUUGUUCUUCGAAAUCUCGUCGAGGAUUGUCUGGCAAUGGGACCCCACGCUGGAACUGGGAAUAUGAAGACUAGACUUGAUAUGGCCGCCAAUAUAAUCCGAAUCUCUCACAUCUACCACAACAAAGCGCGACCCGUGGUUGGUCGAUUUUUGGGAGAACCAUUGACGCAGCGUCGUCGGCUCUAGGUACUUUAUGUUAGCGACAGAGAACAUGAUUAUAAUUUAUUUUCCACUAUUUUUUUCUAGCACUUUUUUUUCACUACUGGCGGGUUUC